AUGUUAUCACUUACUUACAGUUUUGUUCUUGCCCACCUUGUCAUUGUACAGUACGUGUAUGCGUAUAUUCACAAGGCCUACUACCCUAAUGUCAGUUUUAGUACUAACGAGUCGGGAUGUCAGCUUAACACAACGUCACGGCUGUAUCAUGACCAGCAGAAUGUACAAAAGAUGACCUCCCAGUUCAACAUUUACGCAGAGUUGGCAAAAGGGAUAUUUGGUAUUUUCUUUUACGGUUCACUAAGUGAUAAAUAUGGUAGAAAAAUCUUUCUCUUUGUACCUGUCAUAGGAAACAUGCUUAACUGUGUUUUGACUUCAGUAGGUAUAUACCUGAACUGGAACAUUUACAUAUUUAUUAUUUUCUUCUUCAUUGACGGAUGUGGAGGAAGUUGGGGUUUAGCAAUAUCUAUUGUUAUGUCAAUAGUGGCUGACGUGACCGUACCCGGAAAGACCCGGAUGUUUGUAAUAGCCAUGACCGAGUUAUCGUUGGGAUUAGGCAUAGUUAUUGGAAGUUUUACUUCCGGUUUCAUCAUUGAAGCAGAAGGUUUCAUAGAUGCCGCCCUUAAUGGAAAACGGAAGAUAUUUCUGGUGUGCAUGCUUAUGUAUUUCUUUACCAUGCUGGCGGUGUUCGGUGGCAACGGAAUAGAAACUUUGUAUGUAUUAAAUUCACCUUUUUGCAUGAGCUCAGUACAAGUGGGUGGUUUCAUUACUCUGCGCAGUGGGAUACCUUUAGUUAUCGGGAUGCUGCUCUUCCGUCCACUACGGCUGUGUUUGGAUGAGUCUCUCAUAGUUGUCAUCGCAAACCUGUCCCAUUUUACUGGAUUUGUUCUGGAGGCAUUUGCUUAUAAUACCAUUAUGUUAUACUUUGGAACUAUGUUUGCCGGAAUAGCCAUCGCGGAGACGUUUUGUACCCAGUUUGGCAGUGUGGCUUCCAAUGCGAUAUAUGGCCACACCGUGGAAACAUUCCGGGGUGCAGCCUUUCUCGUCCUUGCCGGAUACGCAUCUGUCGCAAGAGUAUUAUCUCUGUAA